CAACAAAAGAAGGCGCAGUCGGGGGCUCGAGGAGGAAACGGGACUGAAAAGAAACGCCGCACUGUGACUCCCGAUGUGCAGUCCUUAAAGUAACGUUUUUAUAUUUUAUUUCUUCCGCGAAGAAACCUCAAGUUUUUCUAUUUUUCGAAAAGUAACGCAUCUACCUCAUUUUUAAGGAUUUUAAUCACGGUUUGGACUCGUUUACACCUCCUCCUCCUUCUGCCGCAGGGCUUUUUUUUGAAGACUUUUGCACUCACUGAAGCGAUCCUGACGUUGAGCGAUGUCCAGCCUGCGCCUGCUGGCCCUCAGAUGAUCUAUGACCACAACUUAUUGAUGCACUUUAGCACCUUUACGGAGCCUUCCCCCUGCUGUGAACCCCGCAGCUGAUGACCAAAACGACCGCAACACCUCCCCGCCGUCGCCCAGAGCCACGCGCCUCCCCCGACCCCUCCCUCAUCCUCACGCCCCUGCAGGACAUCUCAGGAUGUUCCAGAGGUUCGCUAGUGCUCUCUUUGGGGACAAUGUGGAAGAGGUGAGUCGAGGCGGCAGACCUGGGGACGGCAAAGUGGAGGAGAUAGCGGCGGAGGAUGAAGACUGGAUCCUGGUCAACUACCUGACUGAAGCCGGCUCCAGCCAGUGUAACGAUGGCCACUCGGGAUCCACCAUCAUCCAAGAUGAAGACGAGGAGGUGGAGGCAGAGGAUGAAGAAGAAGAAGAUGAUGAGCUGGUGAUGAUCCCCUCACCCAUGGGCAUCCCACCUGUCCGUUACGCCUCCUGCACCUCCCUCGACUCAACGGCUGACACCGACCUGGACGGUGGUCCAGAUGAGGACGAGGAAGAUGAUGAGAGUGGGUUUCUGCGUGUGAACACCCGCUCUCUGCAGGAGAGCUGGUUUCUUACCCCCCCACCCUGCUUCACUGGGCGUAGCACCUUUCCCAUCGUCCUGGAGCCCAGCCCUCUGGAGAACCUGCUAAUCGAACACCCCAGCAUGUCCGUCUACACUCACCACAGCAUCCCACGACUAAACCAUGACCCCCUGCCACAAAGCUCACAUGAACCAGAAUUGAAUUUUUCAUCCGAUGAGAUAACUGCGAGCCUGGCAGCUUUAAGUGGAAAGGAAAAGGCCAGAAGAACGCCAGAUGGCUCUCGCCACAGGCCAGAGGCGGCAGUUUCACAGCGGCGCUCCAGUCUUCACUCCUCCUGCUACGCCGCGGCGCUCUCCGCUCAGGCCGGCCUUGUGCAACAAAGGCCGGGAAACCCCACCCAACGCACCCAGCCCAUGUCCCGCAAGGCCCUGCGACGCCUCAACCUGCUCCGCCCCCCAAAGGCCAACACCAUGCACCUGCACCAGCCCAGCCAGAAGCAUCUCAACUUCUGAGACAUCCUCAUCACUAUUCAUCAUCAUCAUCAUCAUCAUCAUCAUCAUCAUCAUCAUCAUCAUCAUCAUCAUCAACCUCAAUACUUUAAGCAGUACAGGAAUGUAACACUGGCCACCCACAAGCAUUCAUCUCCGUUUUCUUUCAUCUUCUCAACAAACAAACACCAGCAGCAAGUUAACUACGGCAUCAGCCACCACUUACACACCUCACACCUAAUUUCUCCUGAAAGCUUAAUGGGUGGUGAAAUCGGGAAGGUGGCUGUUGACUUUUUAUAUCAGUAAUGUGGCCAGUGAAGACUUUUUCUCCCUCCCUCACUUCACUCCCCGCUUCCUACUCCUCUUGAUCCAUCCUCCAUCCUCCUAUGUAUUGAUACUGAGAAGAAGGGAUAUGUAAAGGUCAUAAUGUUAACCCCCCUCCCCUCCCUUUUCACAAGACCAUUUCUUCUUCUAUUUCUUCAGAGCAUUGUACGUCCAAUCACAGAGAGAAACAGAGGUCAUGAUGACUUCUCUUUCUUUUCUUUCUUCUUCUUCUUCUUUACGGUCACCUUAAUGUGUAGAAUCAAUGCUGUAGGUCACUUUACUAAGCGGCAGGUUCACUGUGUGGCAGGAUGGUCCGGUGGUGUCACUUCAGGGUCUCACAGUGGGACUGCUGGUCAUCUAGGCAACUUUUUGGGCUGACUGAGGGCAGUAGGAGACAUUUCAGAUCCUAAAUGACUUGAACAUAGACAGUGCAGCCGGACAACGUUUUCAUUUAAUCAAUGCAGGAGUAUUGGAGUGCAGUGUUCCCAAUAUGUUGCCAGUGAAGGGCUGUUCACACUAGAGGAUGAAGUUUAGGUGGGUUUAAAGGAAAAAUUCCCUUUAUGUAAUCUCACGUGCUUAUAAUCAGUGAUCUGUACUAAAUGCUCUGUUUGUGUCUUGAGUAACUUUCCUGCAUUUUAGAGGAGAACAGGGUAUGUCCAUAACAAUUGUAGGAACAGAAGCUCUGCUUUAUUACAGCUGACUUUAAUAUAAUUACGCCUUUUUGAUGGUGAAAGUUUAAAGCUUUAUAACAUCUUUAUUACAGAAGAAAAGUGCAACAUUUUGAGCCUCUUUAUAAGUGCAAUACAAAUUCUCUUCUUUUUAUUAAAACACGGUUCUUGCUGUUAUGUUUUAAUACUAAACGCUUCAGCCAGACUUAAACACGUGCAUUCAAAGGUUCUCCUGUGAAACUGGAGGGUGUGUUAACUGAAAACAGAGAGUUUCAGCAAAAUUAGAGUCACGUCUGAGUCAAACCUAACUAUGUACUGUAGCUGCUUUGCCUGUUAGUCCAUUUUCUGCUCUCGUACUUUCAGACGUAGAUUUCUAGUUUCUGUGCUGCGGUUCUCUCUGUCAUUCACUUUGGUUACAGAAGGAACUCGUUCCCUUCACCCAACCUUAUGCUGUGUGUGUUUGACUGAUUGUUAAAAAGCUACGGAAACACCACAAUUGAAGCCAGUAAAGCAAAACACAGCUGUAUUAAAGCCUUUUAAAGGGUAUUUUUCCUUUAAGUUCCUGCUUUUUGAGCUCUGCAGCACCACCAGAGGUGAAAAACUUCCACGUUGCUCAUCCUGCAGCUCCAGCUGAACCUGCCUCUGACUUUAUAAUUCAGUAACUUUUCACGAUAUUUCUUUAAAGGAGAAAAAAAGAAAAGAAAAAAUGGAAAAAAUACUGGGUUAAAUAUCACUAAACGCCUUGUUUUAACAGUAGCUUUGAGAUAAAUAGAAAUGUUAAAAAAGUAUGUAAAACAAAAAAAACUUCCAAAAAUAUUUUUUGAAAAGAAAAAACAAAUUACAUAUCAGUAUGAAGUUGGUAUAUAUGCGUCCAUGGUUUCUUGCUUAGGUGUGUUUGGUUAUGAUAGUGUGCAAUCUGUUGCAUGGUUGUAGAGUUUUGUUAGUGUCAUGAUGGUGGGAAAAAAAGAAAAAAGGAUAAUUAUUAUUUUCUUUCUUUUUUUCUGUUUUGUUUUUGUUCUUAAAUGAAUCUGCAGUCCACUUCUCAGGGUCACAACCAAUCACCUUUACUCUUUAGGAAAAUGCAGAUUUACUUGACGGCUGAUGAUUCUUUGUGUGUACUCGGACUUUUUCCAGCUAUGUCCCUGCGUGCUUUCCCUCUGUGAAAACCUUUGUGAGAAAUAAUCAACUUCUUGUUUAGUGUCACAGAAACGUCUUUUGGUCCCGGGACUGUGAAAUGAACUCUGACACUGUCAGUUGACUGUUGGAAAUCCACCAGGAUGGAGAGAAACUUUUGGUUUUUUUCAGCUAUGUUUAUAUAUUUUGCUCAACUGUACCUAACAUGGUUUUAGAAAUGUACCUUAUGCUAUUUUAACUGUUCUCUUUUCCAUGUUAACGUAGUUACAUUUCGUUAAAUAUUUAAACCAAAAAAAAACAAAACGUAGCAGCGAUCUUUAAUCUCUCCAUAGUUUUAUUAUACUGAUGUUCUUUUUUUUAAAUUGUUUGAGUGUUUGAUAACAGCUCUUGGUUACGGUGCUCUAAAAUGGUAGACUGUUUAAUGGUUUAAUGUGUCUGCUGUAGGGAUAAGCGGAGCCCAGGCCGAGUCACCACACUGCAAAAGUUGAGAAAUAACCAACCUUAUAGAGUGACUAAAACCUUUGGAAGACCAUUUCUGCCAAAAAAAAAGACUAUUUAAAUAUAUAUAGGGUAAACAGGUUUAAAGUAAAGUUCUGGAGCAUGUAUAUUUGUCUGAUGUUAAACAGAAAAUUUGACUCAGUCUGUGACUUUUUAUAACUGAAAAUUUGUUCCAAAAUGUUUCAUUUUUUUCGGCAACCAUUUUUGUGUUCGUAAAUAAUUUUAGAACAGGUGAAGGACUCUACAUAUAACUUCACAUUUUGCUUAUUUAUCAACUUAAAAAAAAAAAUUCAUUUCCUUACACACAUCAACAGAAAUCUACUAAACUGUAAAUCUGCCUAACGAUGAUUUUUUGGAAACCGAUCCUGUUCUGAAGAUACGGAGAUGCAUCGUGGAACGAACACAUAUUAUGGAGGAAAAAAGAUUCAGUCACUUUUAAUGGAAACUGUUGCAGUGUGGUCUUCUAAUCGCCUUGUAAACCUGACUGAAUGUCUCUAGUAGAGUUUCUGGGAAGGUAGCGUUGUUAACAAAGCCCUGUAAGGCAUUUUUGUUAUUUACUGUAAAUAAUCGUAAACGGUAGUAGAGUGGAUCUCUUGUGUUUUCAAGCUUUUUUUUUCUUGUCCUUUCUCUAAUGUCUCUCUCUCUGCAGUGAGUUUUGCAAUUACGAACGAUGUUAUUUUGUGUCAUUUGAUUUUUUGAAAAAGAGAAACUUAAAGACAGAAGGGAUCGGAGGUUCCUCCUGCUGUCAGGAGCCUUAAACGAUUUAUUUGUUUUUUUUGUUCUUUUGGUUUUUUUCUUAGUUCUUAGUUCUUAGUUCUUUGUUCUCGGCUCAUCUCUCCAUCAUUAAUCUAACAGGGAUUUGUAAUGCUUUUUGUUCAAUGCCUUGAAAUUUGUGGAUCACGUGCCUUCCAGGUUGAAAUGUUAUGAUGACAAUGCAUCAAUGAAGAACUUGAACUCGUUUUUCUUUUUGUUUAACUUUUUAAGUGGACGUAAUAAUAAAUUAAAACACACAGACAAACAUCAGAAACCAACUAUGCAUCAUUCGAGGAAGCUCAUAUGCUCUCGCCACCACCAUCCGCCCAGCCCUUGUACAGCUUUUAUAAUGACUCGACAAACCAGACAGAAUGAUGUAGCAAAACCUCUUUUUUUCUCCUAUUGUUUUAUUUGUAAGUGUGAAGAAUAUUUUAUGGCAUUUUUCCACUAAGUGUUAGACUUUUUGGGUUUUUGUUUGUUUUGUUUUGUCAUUUUUUGCUUUUCUGUGUAGUUUACUGGAAUAAUACUGCACUUUGCCAAAAAGACAAAAGGUGUAGGACUUUUAGGGUUACCUUUUUAUUUAUCAACAUAACUGGUUUCCUUUGUAUUUUGGAUGUAUGACAGAUCACUCUGUUCUGACAUCAGAAACAAAAAAAAAGCUAAUUAAAAGUGGGGUCAUCUGUUUUCACACUGUAAUAGUUAAUACAUGUGAUCUCUUAUUAGCCUCUAAUAAAUGUUUUCAUACACAA